AUGACCGCCACGCCUCUCGACCAGAUGGCCGUGCAGCAUGGUCUCGGCGACGAUCAGGAUGUGCCAGCCCUCUCGUCGCCACUACCUGAGCCUCAAGAGUCGGCAGCUCAGCAGCCAUCUCGGCAGCCACCGGGUAUCCACGUUGCCUCACACACCGGUCCCGCUCGACCUUCCAUCAGCUUCGGCUCCCGGUCGUCGUCAUCGACUUUGUCUUCUAAUCGCGCGAAACCCAACUUGCUUGGCUCCGACGGCUUCGGAAAGCUUGGUGCGCAUCUCUGGGCUCAGCGGGAAGAAAGCGUAGUGCGUAAUCGCCAGGGAAGCGUGCUCAAUCGUGGCCUCAUUCUCAAAACCGAUCACUUUGCCGGCGGCGCGCGUCAUGCUCAUCUCAACUUGCACCUUCAAGGCGCUCCCAACUUCCGUAAGGCAGAUUGCUCCCUCGAGGUCUAUGGCGUCGCACAACCAACCAUCACCGGUCUCAAGACCAUCCUGUCGGUGCUCAACGCUCGUCCCACCAAGGACACGACCGCAUCGCAAAGCUUCGAAUUGAGGUUGCCAAGUCAUGUAGCAUCGACGUCAGCCAACUUGCCUCAGACGACCUCGCCCUUCAGCUCGCCUUCCCUCAAUCAGCCACAGGAUGCUUCUGCCCAUGGUAGCACGCGCAAGUCCUCGGCACAGCCAGAAAAGGCUCGCAGGUGCGUUUGGGUCUGCACAAGAGAGGAACCCGUGAUCUACGUGGGUGGCAGGCCUUUCGUGCUGCGAGAAGCCGAACGACCUGUGAGCACCUUUGAGCUCAGCAUGCGAGCUGACAACCUCGAGGCCAUUGAAUCUCGGCUCAAACAGGAUAUUUUACGCGAGUCGUCCAAAUACGGCGGUCUCGUCAUGGUACACGAAGAGACAGCCACCGGUCAGAUCGCGCCCACAUGGAUCGCCGUCGACGAAGCUUCCGUUCACACAGUUCGCGAAGUGUGGGACCGCGUCAAGACCGAAGGCUGGAGGGUUGACUACCAUCGUAUUCCCAUUGCGGAGGAUCAGGCCAUCGAGAAUAACUACCUCGAUGCCUACGCUCAAGUCAUCAAGGAUCUUGACCCCACGGAAACCAGUCUCGUCGCCAAUUGUGGCAUCGGCUUCACUCGAACCACAUUUGCCAUGGUCGCUGCUGUCAUCCUGCGAAGAAAGCAGAUGCUCUUGCUGGGCCACGAGGAUCCCUUUGCUCCGCUAUCUGGUCCGCAAAAGUCGCCGAUACAGACGCCUGCCAACGGAACGCCUCAUUCCGGCGUGGCUCGCUCGCUUCGCCAGGCUGGAGAGCAACAGGCGCAGAAUCUUUCCCUUUUGCGUCUCAUUCGCGUUCUCAAUGUCAGUCUAUCGACACGCGACUCGCAAUCCACCAUCGAGAUUCUGCUCUCUAACCCAGCUUUGCUCGAGUCGCUUCGCAAAGCAAAUUCGGGUGAUUACGGCAUCAUCAGGCAGCUUGCUGGUCUUCUCGACGAAGGUCUCGAAAACAAGGCCAUCGUCGACAACGCCAUCGAUUCCUGUGCCCACGUGACCAAUCUGCGAGAGACCAUCCUUUCGUCACGAAUUCGAUACUCGACAGACGCAUUGGACGAGGCGCAGGCCGCUUCGCACCUCGAAAAAGCCGCCAAGUCGCUCGAAAAGUAUUUUUUCCUCGUCGCAUUUGCCAGCUACGUCAACGCUAGUAAGACGGCCACCUUCCAACACCGCUUUGCUAAUUGGCUCAAGAAUCGCGCCGAGAUUUGGCGAGGCAUUCAGCUCAUUCGAUCUAAGGGUCGUCGCCUCUACUUUUUCGAUCCCGUCGGCGAUCUGCGCAUCCUCAGUGGAGGCAAGGCCGGCGAGCUGGUCGCGACCAACGAGAAGCUGCAGAGCCGAUUCGGUGAGGUCUCCGGCCAGGGUGCCCAGGUACCGGGAGACGAGUUCGCCGACUAUGUCAUCCGCAAUCGCGCCGGUAUUGUCCUGCGUCCGUUUACUUUGCUCAAGUGCGACAUCUGGCGCAAAUUCAUCGAACGCAAUGCCGGUCUGCCCAUCCGUGGCACCGUCAACUUCCGCCGCAUCCCAGGAAGCAACAUCUUUGCCACGGGUCAACCCACUGUGGACGGCAUCCGCAAUGUGGUUGCCGCUCUUCAGCAGCACUAUGCCAGCAAGGGUGACACCGCGAGCUUCCCCACACGCACCGUCACCUGGAUCAACCUGCGAGAGGAGCCCAUCGUCUACGUCAAUGGCAAGCCCUAUUGUCUGCGUCAAAAGGGCAUGUCACUGCGCAACAUCAAGGCGUACAGUGGCAUCAACUGGGACCGUCUUUUGCUGCUCGAAGACCGUCUCAAGAAUGACGUUGUCAAUGAGCUGGAAUCUGGCGAAGGGCGUCUCCUUCUGCACACCGAGACAUCGGACGGCACCAUCAUCCCCAUCUGGGAAGAGGCGACCCCGGCCGAUGUUGACACAGUCCAGGACAUCAUGUCUCAUAUCGGCACCGAUUUCAAGGACAAGGUCCAGCUGCGCUUCCGAAGGAUUCCCAUGACGGCGGAGAAGCCUCCGGACUUUUCCGACAUUAGCGAGCUUCUAUCGGCGGUGCUUCAGGCCAACGUGGAGCGACAGCCGGUCGUGCUCAACUGUCAGCUUGGGCGCGGUCGCAGCACCAUGACGGCCGUGCUCAUCCUCAUGAUCACUCGAUGGCUCCAGCAGGGACAUAGCAAGCUUCCUGAAGCCAAAUUGCAGGAGGUGCGCGAAGAUGAGGAUGGCUCAAAAGCGCUGGACAGCAUCAAGGACUCGGAUGGACUUCGACUCACUAGCUCGGCUCAGGACAGCGGCUCAACUACACCAUAUGCGCGUGAUACUGUCAACGCCGACUUACUCGACGACGUCAUUGGCUCUGACUCUGGCGAUGGGAGCCAGCCUCCAAAGCGCGCUCCUUUGAGCUACCAUGUCAUCAACAGCCUGCUGCGUGUCAUCCCCAGAGGUCUCGAGGUCAAAAAGAUGGUCGAUGACUGCAUCGAUCAAUGCGCGACGGUGACCAAUCUCCGCGAAGCCAUCGAGGAAGCGCGUCUCGCCGCCGAAGACACCGAAGACGAAGCACUGCGCAAGAAACACAUUCAGAGCGCCAUCCACAACCUGCGCAGAUACUUUCUGCUCAUCGUGUUCCAGUCGUACCUCACCCAGACUCGACCCGACCUGCUCGAGGCAUCGCCGAGCUUCCGCUCAUUUGUCACUCGCCAGCCCGUGUUCGAUACCAUCGCUAAAGAGUUCGACAAGAUCGACAUAUCGACCAUCAUGCCGUUGCAGAAGGUGGAUGCAAGCGAUGGAGUGGCGCUGUCGGACGAGGUGCAGGAGGUGGUUUCGCAUCGCAAUGGAAGCAUCUUGUCGGCGUACACGAUGCUCAAAUCGGACUUUUUCAGCGGCAUUCUCAAGCUGGGUUUGCCAGAGCGCAUCGACGGUAUGCCGAACCUGCGUGGUGUGCCGCUGCUGCUGACGCCGCCCGGUCAGGCGAAUGGGGCGAAUCAGCCGUCGACGCCGAUGACGCCUAAGACGCCGCUCAUGGCGCAUGGUCGCGAGACAUGGGGUUCGGGCAUGCCUACUGUCGACGGUCUGCGUCGUGGCUUGACGCGGAUGGGCGCGGCGCCCAACGGACCAGCCAAAGUGGUAUGGACUUCGCUUCGAGAGGAGCCUGUGCUGUACGUUAAUGGCCGCCCGCAUGUGCUGCGUCUGGCCGACCAGCCGAUCACCAACAUCGAAGCGACCGGCGUCACCACAGAUGUGGUGGAAGGCAUGGAGUUGGCACUCAAGAAUGACAUGCUCAAGGAAGCUGCCGAGCGCGGAGGACGUGUGCUGCUGCACGACGAGACCGAGAUUCGCCAGGGUGAGUUCGACAUCAUCCCGGUGUGGGAGACGGUCAAGGAGGGGGAUGUGCUCACGCCGCGCGAGGUAUAUGAGCUCGUCCAACGCGAGGGGUACAAGGUGGACUAUGCUCGACUGGCGAUUACGGACGAGCAAGCUCCCGUACCUGCGGUGUUUUCGCAGUUGGAAGAGCGCGUGAUCACGGCGCUGCAGACGGGGUCUGCGUGUGUGUUCAACUGCCAGAUGGGGAGAGGACGUACGACGACAGGCAUGGUGAUUGCGUCGCUUGUUUCCACGGUGUGGCAUUAUGGCGACAAUCUGGUGGCCAGCUACGAGAUGUCCGGGUCCAUGGUGCUGCCCGCUUCUGGUUCGACGGACGAAGCUACAGGGGCGCAGGCGGUCAAUGCGACCGGCGACGACGAUGAGUCGUUCGGACAGCCCAAGGACAACCUGGACAACCGCGAGGACGUUUUGCGGCUGCAGGGCGAGUGGCGCACCAUCCUGCAGCUUGUCGGCGUGCUUUCGCAUGGCAAGCUUGCCAAGAAGCUGACAGAUCGCGCGAUCGACCGGAUGGAGGCGGUGCAGAACCUGCGCAAAGCCAUCUACGACUCGAAACUUCGUGCAGAUAAUGCAGAGGUGGGCACCAAGAAGCACAAGCAUCUCAGUGCGGUGUUCACCAACUAUCUGCAGCGGUACGGCUAUCUGAUCACGUUUGCAAACUACUUGUUGGAGAAAAGCGAGGCGGAUGGGUUUGUGCCGUUGUGGCCGGCUUUGGGUGGGGGUGGGCCCAUGGUGCCUUUGGAUGAUGGGCAGGAGGAUGCAGUGGGUGGUCGUGGUGGCGGGAGGCAGAGAUCCGAGUCGGUCUCGUCGCAGUUGUCGAGCUCGACGGCGUUUACGAGUUAUACGGAUGGUGCAGGGAGGAGGUUCCCGUCGUUCUUGGGGUGGCUGCAGCCGAGGAGGGAGAUUGGAAACAUUUUGGGCCGCGAUAGGCUCGAGUGA